UCAUUAAAAUCUGCUAUGAUUUGGGUGAAAUAUUAGUUAUAGUAGUAGUACUAUUCAUGGAUGAGUGCUGGGCUUCAUCAGGAGAAAAUAAUUGAUGACAUGGUACUAACCUUUUCUCCCCUUUUUUCUCUGUAUACAGCCCCAUAUUCACUAUCCGAUCCUAAGGAAGGUCAUAUUUCACAUCCCCAGAGUUCAGAUUAUCUUCCACUGUCAAUUCUAGUUGGGUAAAUAUUCAUAUUCUCAAUUUCUUAAUCACUGCGGCUCUUCUAGAAUUAAGCUAAUUUCAUCAUUAAGGUAAUAACCUACGAAGAGGUUUUGAUCCUGGUCUGGGCUUUUGUCCAAUUGAAAAAUGUUCACUUUAUCUUUCAGAAACAAACUCCUGAGAAACUCCCCAGGCCCCAAGGACACAUCUGCUUAACGUAAGUGUUCUGUUUUGUACUUGCCUAUAAUCCUCAAAACACCCAAACGACCGUCUCCCACUCCAAUCAAAACAAAAGAACAGCUAGAAACGCGGUUUUCUAUGGAAAGCAAAAAAAACAUGGACAACAAUAUAGCCAUGACUGAUACACAGCCGCCACCACUACCGCAAUCGCCUGCGGCGGCGGUACAAUUAACAGAGCUAGUAUUCUCACUAGAGCAAGCAACCCAGAUGGCAAAACAACUCCCUUCCUCGUCAGACCCAAGUUACCUCCACCAAAUCUAUUCCUCCCUCCAUCAAGCCCAUCAUUCUCUCUCCUCUUUCCUCUCCGCUACCCAAACUCAAUUUCUCGUUCCUCCUCCUCCUCCUCCUCAGCCACCGCUGCCACUUGUAGCCGCAGAGAACUCUCUCUCCUCCACCACCGGCGCCGCUAAUGAGGAUGGUAGUGAGCCGAUGCAGGUGGGCGAUGAGAAUGAAGCUGAGGCCGAGGAGAAUUCAAAGACAUCAGUUGACAAGGUUGAGGAGAGGAUGAGGGAAUGCUUUAUCAAAAAUAAGAGGGCAAAGAGGCAGCUUUCGCCGUCGUAUGCGGCGGUGGCCGAGGAGAGGAGGAUUUGUGAAGAUAGAUUCGUGGGUGGUGUCAAGGGUUAUGAUUCCCUGGGGGACAAAUUACGGGCGUUGGAACUUGUCUACCAGUUUCAUGGUUGAACCGUAGACAGGGCUGAAACAGGGGAGAAGCAGAACAGGAGUUAUUCAAUGGAGCCUUUUUUUUGUUUUUCCAACCAAUUGGGUUCCAUUGCCUUUUAAUUUAUUAAUUUUCUUUUUUUAAUUCAUUGUUCUGUCCUCUUUUUACCAUUUGUUAAUAGCAAGAAAGGAAGGGUAGGGAGGAUGAAAGAUGAAUGCAUAUUUGUAAUCUCAAAUUUAAGAGGAAAUUGAAAACACCUUGAAUGAGAUUUUUUUUUUCAACUUGUACAGAGCUUAUUUGAA